AUGUUGAAGUUCAGUGCGAUUUUCAUUGCCUCUUGGGCAAUUAUAGUGGCGGCAAUGAAUAUUUUUCCUGACCAGCCACAAGGCAGGAUUAUUAACGGAAAACCAGCUAAAGAAAAUCAAUUUCCCUACUACGUCCGUGUGAUCAUAUUCGGAGGUGUUUGGAGUGAGACUGAACUGUACAGAUGCGGAGGAACCAUCAUCGGUCCGAGAUGGGUUCUCACUGCUGGCCACUGUUACACUCCAACGACCAACGAUUCCGAGCCCAUCACUUAUCACAUCGAGGCUGGAUCCAUCAACGUCGCAGAAUCUCUGCAAUCCGACAUUGUCAUCAACAGCUACGCUUUCCAGCAUCCUGACUACAAUCCAGAGACUCUGGCGAACGACAUCGCCCUGAUCAAGACCAAAGCUUGGACCUUUGACGACACUGUUUGUCCCAUCAUGAUUCCGCUAAGCACUUUUGACUCAGAUUCCUACAUAGGAGAGAAAUUCAUCACAAUGGGCUAUGGAUUCAUCUCAAAUGACGGGCCAAUAUCUGAAGAACUUCUCUGGACCAAACUGACGCUGAUCGACAGAAAGAAGUGCAAGAAACACUACGACUCUUACUUGCCGAAGAUGAUUUUCUGCGGCGUAGAUAAGAAGCCGCCAAUAAGCGCAGUUUGCUACGGAGACGGCGGAAGUCCGGCCGUGAUCGAGGGGCCCAAAGGAAAGCCACUCCAAAUUGGAUUGGCAAUUUUUGUAUCUGACGAAGGAUGCGACGCAGCUCCUCAGGGCUUCGUGGACAUCGCUAUGUAUCACGAUUGGAUCAUCAUGACAAUGAUAAGAAAUUAAGAGAUCCAAGAAUCUCUUCUAGCACACGUGGCUUGUGUAAAUGUAAUAAAAA